AUGACUUCGAACAAGGUGACUGAGCGGCUGUUCAAAUACCCUCCCAUGGAGCGCCAGGAUCUCAAUCAGUCGCAGCUUGGCAGCUUCAAGUUUACUCCCGUUGAUCCUGUCAUCAACAUUCAGUCCCUCACCCAAUCAGCGAAGCUCUAUCUUGAACAGCAGCUUUCUCAGAGACUCCCUCAAGGAGCAGCACUCCCCUUGGCCGCACCUUCACAGAACAAGCUCCUUCCUCUCAGUGAUAUGCCAUAUGAAAACCUUGCACUGUAUCCAAACCCUUCCUCGACUGAUGCGGACUUCUUCAACAAACACAUCAAGCCUGAUCUUGGAGACUCUCGACUGCGACUGGGUCCAGCAGCUCUCCGUUCAGCCGUUGAAGGGGCCGCAAGCCCAACCAAAAAGACGCCUGCGAUUCAUGUUCAACGGGAAUCUGGAGGCGCCGCUGUGAGCCAACACGGAAGAAAUGACACUUUCAUUGCACCAGAACUCGUUUCAUCCCAUGCUCAAAUCCCAAUCAUGGAUGCAACACCCAGCACAUUCAUAUCAGAAGGAGGCCUCGCCGGUCAAAAUCUAUCUGACUCAACUUCUUUCAGUGAAACGCUGUGUGUGGCUUUGGCGAAUGAACAACGGGCCCACAAUGCCACCAGAGCAGUAUUGGCUCAACAAAUCACGCGGCGCGCCGAGGUGGAAGACCAACUCAGAAAGAGCAGACAACAGAUUGCGAGCAUGACAACCACAAUCAACAACCUGGGUGCUAUCAUCAAAUACAAUGCCAACAAGAGCGACGCUGAUACUACUGGUGGGCAUAAAAAGACUAACCUAUCGAAAGCGGAUGAAGAGGCAGCUUUGAAAGAAUUUUAUCGUGAGCACCAGAAAGUCAAAGACGCCGCCAAGGAGAAGGCUCAGCCCAAGGAAAAGGAACAGUCUACAUCAAAAGAAUAUUCCGGAACUGGUAUAUCGGCCAAGAAGGAUGUCGCUGGUGUGGCAGCCGCGGCGGCGAGUGAUGUCGUCGAUGAUGCCCAGCUCUACAAUCUUGACCUGCUGAAGAAACCUACGUUUGAUAAUUCUGCCGAUUCUAUCUUGCGGCGGACUCUCCGCAAGCACUUUUCUAUCGACGAGACUGCCGACGACGGCAAAUUCCCUGCAACUCCUGCUAAAAGCCGUCCAAGCAUCAACAGGCUUAUCGAGAUCUCUCCAGAGUCACUCGGUGGAGCAAAAGAGAAGGAGGCAGCCGAACGCGAGAACGACAUGCGUGUCUCGAAGGACCAAGCCCGGUCCAACAACCCCUUAAAUGAUAGCCAACAGCGACUGAAGGCUUCGGCAAAGAUCCCAAGUCAAGUUCGUCUUCCGACUACGCAAAAUACUGUCCUUGAGCUGCCCGCAGCAAUUGUCGCUAAAUACGGGCAACAACCUGCCGCUUCACACGAGCAAGCCUUGCAGGAAAAGUCAAACGGAGUGAACCUGCAUCUGUCAAAUGUUGAGGUAUUGUUGCUUAGAGACAGGCCAGGCAAGCCUCCAAACGACGAACACCAUGGCAGACUCACCCCGCCUUCAUCCCUCACCGAUGGGGGUGACGACCAAUCACCUACCACUGUGGUGUCUUCUGCUGCUCAGCCAAAGUCUCGCAUCACUGUUCAGAUCGGUGACAAUCUCCAUGGGGAGCCGAAAUGGUUGAUCAACAAAGACAACCCAGUUUUUGAGAGUGAGCAAGAAAAGUGGCAGGCCCUCGGAGAGAAUGGGAUUGCCUGGCGUCAAAACAGCCCAUUCAUUGACCAUCCAGUGCGCUACCUCCCUGAGGACGCAGCUGGCACCGCCGACGCGUAUCGGACUGUUAUGAUCGACACCAUUCCAGUCGGAAGUACUUUGGCGGAUGUUCUCAGCAUUGUCAAGGGUGGUUCUUUAGAGUCCAUCCAGCUCUUUCCACCAAUCGGCGGAGCGACCUCCUUCAUGACCGCUCGAGUCGUGUUCAACUACGAAGAAUCUGCGCACAACAUGAUCAAACAUCAAGAGAUCAAAGAUGGGGAAGCCAGUGAUGCGAACCGAUUCAAGAUCAUGGGUGUUGCUGUUCGUUGCUGGAUGCCCACGGAUCCGACCUAUCCCCGAAAUGACGAGCUUGAGCGCAAAGUUUUGGGCAAGUCCCAGGCCUCCAGAAUCAUCCUCAUCAGCAACAUAGACGAAUACAUUUACAACAUGAUCCCCUACAAGAUCAAAAACCCUUAUGCUCACCACGUCAUUGAGUACAGCUACACACCCGAUGGGUGCGCAUCGAUCGUAUUCACCGACGUUAAGACUGCCAUCAAGGUAAUGGAUCUGUUGGAGAGAGAUGGGGAACUCUGGAAUGGUAAUCUCCAGUACGACACUGAUUACACCUGUACUCCGUACGUCAAAGGAGAGGUGAUGGGCAACUGA